AUGGGGAAGUCCGCUGCAACUCUCGAUGCAGGCUCGAACCCCAGCUCUUCUGCCAGCUCCCCGUCAAAUCAAGCUGCCCCAGAUGGACCGCGAAACUUUGAGUUCGUCCUGGUCACGGAUUCCGAGUCCAGAAGACAGGUUCGACGCCAUGCGAUGCGCCAGUACGUCCACCAGCGGCGGCUCGACGGUAUAGCACGGCUAGAGUCGACGCGCGUACAGGUCUCUGGCUGGUCAACAGGCAACAGCAAGGUACAGGGCGAGGCCAGAAGCGCCUCGCCCAAAGUGGAGGAACUGGACGACGAAAAUAAUGAACAAAAGGGACUCUGCCGGUCUCGUAGCCAGCAGAUUCAGCGCAGGGCUAGCCAGAGAGCAGCGGUCACAGCUACAACGGCCGGCCAGAAACCUGCCAGGAAUUCCCUGGGAGGCACCCCCGCGGCUAGAUCUCCCGUUGUCGAUCCAAAGACAGAGUCGCCCCUCGCUGCAUUCGAGCCGUUUAACUGUCUUCCACUAGCGCUGAAGGAUGCUGAUAAUAAAUUAAUUGACCACUAUGUGACGAAGUAUCCCAUGAUGAUGUAUAAGAUGGAAAACGCCCAGCAAGAUAACCCCAUCCGAGCUAUCUUCCAUAAUAUAGCACUCCAUGACCCUGUCCCGUUUCAAGCCAUGCUUGCCGUUGCCGCAAAACACAGGGCUGGCAUGGAGGGGCAGGUGGAGACUGUACAAUCCCUGACACACAAGAUGCGCGCGUUGAAACUGAUCAAGGAGCGGCUAAGGAAUGAUGAUAUUGACAAGGAAGAUGGCACUUUGUACGCAGUCGCUAGCCUGACUGUUAUCGAGAAAUGGUCGAAAGAUUCCGUCGUUGAACGCACUCAUUUCCAGGGAAUCAAGCAGUUGAUUCGGCGGCGAGGAGGCAUGCAAGCAAUGAGGACGAGGAGUGCAACUGGCCCGUUCCUGGAAAAAGUUGUUUACUGGGUCGAUUUUUGCUGUGCCUCCAACUCUAUUGUGGGUGCCGGUCUUCCCUGGACUGGUGAAAUACCUGAUAUACCCCCCAAGAAUCUAAGUUUCGUACCUCCAGAGGUUAUUCCUGUGAUUCCUGCAGAGAUUCCUACAAACGAAGACCCUGACGAUAUCCCUGACAUUCUUCAAGCAUGCGAGGAUUUUCUUGCAUUUUUCCGGUCUUUGGAUGACUUGGAAUGUGCAUAUUUAUUCAGUCAGCCUCUGCCCCCUCUGAGGUUGGACCGGCUGAACAGUCCACAGAAGCCGUUUGACGAGACUUCUCCGCUUUAUACUCUUCUAGCCAACCUGCCAGACUACGACCAUGGUAUUCGUGAUGUUCGCUUCAUUGACGAAUACACAUGCAUGGCAUGUUUAUUUUAUCUCAAUUUUGCACUCCAUGACUGCUAUUUAAACCAUAAAAACUUUGAUGACUAUCUGAAUUGGGUGAACCGUGCCCUACGGGCAGUAAACCCACGUUCGAGUCCAAGCAUCGCCACGCUUCUUUGGAUAUUUCUCAACAACGGUGGAUUCCAAUACGAUGAGAAGUCUGAUUCUGGGGAAAGGAACUGGCUAGUAUCCAGGAUGAUGCGUAUCGCGAAACGACUGGAAUGGAAGCAGCACGGCAGUCUGUGGGACAAGUUACGUUCGACCUUGUUCCAGUUCUUGUUUACUCAAAGCCAAUGCGGCCUCGGGCGGCCGUUUAUCGACGAGGCAGAGCUUAAUGCUCGUAAGGAAAGAUUAAGCUGUGGCAGGCAGUUCAUAUGGGAUGAAGACGAAAUGAGGCAAAACAUCCUCGGAGGCUUAUACACUGGACCUCCAAUCUUCGGACAGCCUCCUGUUCCUGUCACCAUCUCCUAUAAUUAUCCUCGUGGCUCGGUUAUAGCCGACAGUACUGUUGGCAUUUAG